GGCAGGGUGUUACCGGAAGAACAGUUGCAGUGAGUCGAAGAGGAAUCUGGAGCAAGGAAUUGAACCAUGGCAAAUCGCAAGGCUCCAAUCGCUGCCGCAAUCCUCUGCCUCUGCUUUGUCCGAGCUCAGUGCGACGCGUCGCCAGAGCAGGAACAGGAAAUUCAGAUGCUCAAGUCCAAGGUCGCUUCCUUAGAGGAUGAGAUCAGGAGGAGGAAAGAGGAGACCUCGCAGCUUGAGAGUAUCGUCAGGGAGAGGACGGCACAGAUGGCAGCACUGGUAGGCGAACUAGAACUUCUGCAGAAGUUAAAUGUGGCUGAUGAUGAGUCUGUGAUGAAGGCAAACACGAAUGUUGAUAUGCUUGAAAAGCAGAUUGAGAGGUUGGGUAGUGAUUUGGAAGAUCAGGUUAGAAAAGGAGAAUCAUUAGAAGCCCGGGCUACUGAAGCAGAAAAAAACUGGCAUGAAUUCAGCCGCAAGUUGGAGCAUGCAGAGAAUAUUAAUGUUGAGCAGAGGAAGAAAAUUAAGGACCUCGAUGACAGACUUCAGAAUGCACAGGAUAAACUCUCUGAACUAGAAAAGGAAGCAAAACUGAAGGCUGAAGGUUCAUGCCAUGUGGCUUCCACAUUGGCUUGCAGUACGUGUUGUGCGCUGUCAGGAAGUAGCAUCUGCCAAAUGGCAGGUCCAUGGGAAACCUGUGCUUGGUCCUCUGAUGCAAAAGGUUGCUGAGAAAUCGACAUAUGCUCAGCAAUUAGUGGAGCCACAUCUGCAGAAGACACAAAAUGUGAGGUCUUUUCCGGUGUCUUAUACUAGGCUACACUAGUGUUGGAAAAGGAGCAUCCGACGGCUCAGAUUACUUGUAUAUACUACUAAAAUGUUAACCUGGUAUAGAUGAGUAGUAUAGGUGCUAUAAGUGUAUUAUGGAAAUAAUUUUGAAUGGUUUUUGUAAUUAGGGCUUGGUCUUGUUUGUAAAUUAGAAUCACAAUCAUUUCAUUAGAAUAUUAGAAUCAUCACACGAAGUUCAUUUAGAAAUUAGAAAUUGGAAUCACUCUUUUUCCAAUCACCUCUUUUCCUCUCACACUCCUCUCCACCUCUCGCGAGCCCUGGCGGCUCAACUCCGUCGCCUCGCUCCCGCUCAACCAGCAUGCAUCGUCGUCGUUCCCGCUGCGCCUUCACCCGUGGCCCGUAGUGGUGGUGGCGCCGGCCGUCGUCAACAGCCGCAAUGAGGUUACCUGCAUUGCACAGAUAUUCUGAAGAAAAUAGUCAGACGGGUAACAAUCAGAGACUAGUUUGUAUUUGAGAAACCUUGUUUGUAUUUGAGAACAGUUCUGUUCACUGACUUCAAUUGGAAUCAUGCUUACUAGACUGAAGAUUGCACUACAAGGUGGUCAUCCCCCUUGCCCAAUUUCGAUCAGUUAAUUCUUCCAGCAGCAGAACAAAUGCAUCAGAGAAAUACAUUCAGGUGGCUUCUGUCGAUAACCAUGAGUUUUGGACUUUGGUUCAUGGGCUUUGUGUACUACGAGAGUGCUGUAAAGAAUCUGCAGGAAGCACUUCAGGAGGCUCAGAGAAUGCUUGUGCUUAGUGAUGUCCAUAGAUUGGAACUAGCAUGUCUUAUACAUUAUUUAAGUUGUAAUAUACUGUGUUUCGACUGUUGUUGUUCAGUCUGUGACAACAUGUGCAUCCUGCCAUGUUUGCUCCCUGCUGUGAAUUACCAUUGAUGAUUCGAGCCCGUUU